AUGGGUUGCCUUCCUGAUCUGGCCCAUGAUGGGGUCGGUGAGGAGGACACGGAGUCGAGGUGGUCGUGCGCCGAGGAGAUCGUGCCCGACGGAGGCCAGUGCGAGAUCACCUUCACGUUCGACAGCCCCCAAGACAUCACCGACGUGCAGGUUGCCUUCUGGAAGGGGGACGAGCGCACUCGCACCCUCAAGGUGAAGAUAAACGGCGACAAAAUCGGCGAGUACGAGUCCUACCCCGGAUCUACCUUCAACUCGUUCGGGAUCCAAGAGAACGGCGUGCACACCGUUGCCAUGGAAUCCGUCGGCAUCGACGCGGACGACUGGAUCAGCCUGCUCGAGGUGCGCUUCAUGGUGGACCCUUAG